AUGCAGACAAUUCUUACACUCUUCGGCGCGAUUAUCUCGUACGCCGUGUAUGAGUAUGUGUCUGGCCUCUGGACGAAUAUUAAAGCGGCAAAGAGGAGUGGCUUGCCCUACAUCAUUGCUCCAUGCUCCCCUAUCUUCCUCCCAUGGGCAUUGACACAUAAAGCAUUGAUUCCAAUAAUUAAGCUGUUCCCUGAACCACUAUGGGAAGAAUGGCUAGAAGUUUUGACGCCUGGUUUCUCGUAUCGUACGCGCCAUGACGCCUUUGCGCGCCAUGGAGAUGUCUUCAUCGUUGUUUCUCCGAAAAUGCUGUUCAUGAUGGCCUGCAAUGCCGAGGCCAUUCGCCAAAUCACUUCCAGGAGAGAGCACUUCCCUAAAUACGUGGAAACUUACGAGAUCUUGAGACUGUUUGGCAACAAUGUUCUGACCUCAGAGGGUGCGAUCUGGCGGAACCACAGAAAGGUGACUUCGGCAUCGUUCAACGAAAGGAAUGCUGCCCUUGUCUUCAAAGAAGCCAUUCACCAGGCGCAGGGGUUGGCCAGUACUUGGAUGGCGUCAAGUGUUGAAGACAGUGGUGCUAUCAACACACUCGAUCAGGACACGAUGAGGCUAGCUCUGAACAUUAUUGCUUAUGUUGGAUUCGGUCUUAAAUUGCUGUGGCCUGGGGAGUCUUUGCCAGCAAAAUCAAAUCCCAAGAUGGCUAAGUAUGCCUCGCCCGAGGCCACUGCAGGCCAUAAGAUGAGCUUUGUGGUUGCAAUCGCAACUGCCCUGGAGUAUAUUCUGCUGGUGCUGCUCGUCCCUAGAUGGUUAUUGAGAAUGAUACCACUCAAAAAGACUCAACUUGCGGCAGAGUCCCAUGGGGAGUUCAGCAAGUACAUGCAUGAGUUAAUGGAUGAGAAGAUCGAAGAAGCUCGAAAGGGUGAGCAUGUCGAUGGUAUGGACCUAAUGGGUCAAUUGGUCAGAUCCAGUUACGAGACUCGAACAGGCCCCAACCAGCAGAGCAUGCAGUCCAAGAAGGGCGCGUUAUCACGGGAUGAGAUCCAGGGAAAUGCCUUUAUCAUGCUCGUUGCUGGGCAUGAGACCACGGCUGGGGCGUUGCAUUUUAUCCUGCUAGAGCUGGCAAAUAACCCAAUGUCGCAGAGAAGACUGCAAAAGGAUAUCGACGAGAUCUUUGGAGACGAGGACCCAAGCUCGUGGGACUAUGACACCUUGAUUAACCCGAUGAUGGCCAGUAUGCUGGGGGCUUGUAUGAACGAGACCCUCAGGAUGACGCCCGCAGUCGUGGAGAUACCAAAGAAAGUGCCUCGGGAUCAAGAGCAGGUUAUCACCAUCGACGGCAACAGCCAUAUCAUUCCCGGGAGCACAAUCGUUUCCUUGGUAGCUGUCUCGGUGCACCGCAAUCCACGAUACUGGCCUGGGAAACCGAGCCAGAUCCACGAUGGCAAGGACGACAUCAACGACUGGGUACCCGAGAGAUGGUAUCGAACCGAUCAAGAUACAGGGAAGUCGACAGAGUCGGAAGACAGUACUCAUGAUAAUGACGAUUUCGGGGGCUUCAAGGGCCCUGAUACAAGCUCGCAGCUCUUUCGACCAGAGCGAGGCUCAUAUAUCCCUUUCAGCGAUGGACCUAGGUCAUGUCUGGGCCGCCGGAUUGCUCAAGUGGAAAUCAUUGCCGCACUUGCCGUCAUCUUUCGAGACUACAGCAUUGAACUCGCGGUAGAUGAAUGGGCAAGCGAUGAGGAGAUUGAGAGGAUGGAUGAAGAAGGAAGACGUGACGUAUAUGCCAAAGCUCAAUCUGUAAGCCGAGCCAAGAUUUUGAGCGCAACCUCGUUGUUGACCCUCAAGAUGAACGACGAUAAUGUGCCAGUAAGGAUGGUUAGGAGGGGAAAAGAGAGGUUUUAA